AUGUCUUCCCGCAAAACUGCCGGACGUCGGGGUACGACGAAAAAGCGUGCCCAGCGCGCAACGUCGAACGUUUUCGCCAUGUUCGACCAGGCGCAGAUUGCUGAGUUCAAGGAGGCGUUCAACAUGAUCGACCAAAACCGGGACGGAUUCAUCGAGAAAGACGACCUCCACGAUAUGCUGGCGUCGCUCGGCAAAAACCCAACGGAGGAUUAUUUGGAGGGCAUGAUGAACGAGGCGCCCGGUCCGAUCAACUUCACCAUGUUCCUGACCCUGUUUGGCGAACGGCUGCAGGGUACCGAUCCAGAGGAGGUGAUCAAGAACGCGUUCGGUUGCUUCGACGAGGAAAACGCGGGCGUCAUCAAUGAAGACAGGCUGCGUGAGCUGCUGACCACAAUGGGCGAUCGGUUCACCGACGAGGAUGUGGAUGAAAUGUUCCGCGAGGCACCGAUCAAGAACGGGCUCUUCGAUUACAUCGAGUUCACUCGCAUCCUUAAGCACGGCGCCAAGGAUAAAGACGAGCAGUGA